CACCUCGGUAUACCUCAAGGACACAUCAUCUGAUCCUCAUUUAAAGAUGACUAAAACCCAGUUCCUGGCACAGUUGGCAGUGUCACCUGUCAUUCAUGCCCCGGAAAAGGACAUCUCCAAUAAUGUGGAUACCAUAACAGCUGGCACAGAAACAAGGAAUGGUAAAAGGUUACACAGCGAUUCACUUGUGGCCCGACUCCGUAGUCGCCUCAAACCCUGCUUACUGGCCAGUAAAACGAAACCAAGCAAAGAACUUGUUGAAGAACCAGAAUCCACCCCUGUCAGUGCAAAGAGACCUAGAUUUGUAAAUGAUUUUACCCCCAGAAAAACAAGUGAAUCUGUACAAGUCGGUACUGAAAAAUCCAAAAUGAUUAAAGGUAACUUUCAUCCAGGCAAAACUACUAUUAAACAAAUUCCUGUCAAUGCUAAGAAACUUAGAUUUGUAAAUGUGACACCUAGAUGUACAAGUGAAUCUUUACAUAGUUCAAAAAAAUCCAUAUCAGUUGAUGAUAACCCUUGUUCAAACAAAACUACAGAUGAACAAGUUCCUAUCAGUGCCGAAGACCAUGGAUUAGCUAAAAAUUUUGUAAACCAUGAACAUAAGAAUAAUCAGUCAACAUCUGUUAUUCCUAGAUCAAGAUUAACUCAAGAUGGCACUAGCCCUAAAAAGAUUUGUGAAGAAAUUCCUGCCUAUCCAAGAAAGUGUAGAUUGUCUAAAGAGACAGUUGGCUUUGUUAAUAACAUCAGUGAAUCCAUGCAUGGUAGGAAACAUAGGUUAAUACAAGAAGGUACCAACCAUAAAAAGACUAAAAGUGUGACAAAUGCUAAAAGGGUGUCUAAAGCAGCAAAAAUUAAGACAUUGGCUAAAAUAGAGAACUCUAAUCAACCAAAGUCAAAGAAGAGAGCAGAUGCUAGUCAGUCAGCAAAGAAUAAUCCUAGCAGUGAUGCCCAGAAGAAAGCUAAAGUUAAAGCUAUAUGGAACCCACCUAGGCUCACAGCGAGUACAAUACCACUGACUAGGGGAAGGAGUUCAUCGCUCACUCCAUCAAAGAGGGGAACAAGAUCCCAGGACCAAGCCCAGACCCCCACAACGCCACAACUGCGAUCCCAAAGUACCACCCCUCGCUUGGUUAUAACCCUGAAUCGAGCACCCCCCAACCCACCAAAUAGAUCCCAGACAGUUGGCCCUAGUUCAAAAGGGCACCGCUCUUCCUCUUGCACUGGUGUCUAUCCCCCAAGUGUCUCUCUCCACCCCAUACCUGUCCGAGCACCACCUAUCAUAUCACCAUUACAGCCAUUAUCAGUCAUUGGAAGGCGUCUACUCAAGAACCAAUGUGGGGAAUGUGGUCGCGUCCUCAGCAGCCCAGCUGCCUUGGAGAGUCAUGUCCAACUUCACACAGGCCGACGACCUUUCUCCUGCACCCUAUGUGGGAAGUGCUUCCCAGACUCCAAGGGCCUCAGCCGGCAUGGCAGAGUACACCGCAAUGGGAGGAUCCAUAUCUGCUCACAGUGUGGCAAGGGCUUUGUAUACCGCUUUGGCCUCACUAAACACCUCCAGAUGGUGCAUGGUAGAGUGAAACCCUUUGCCUGCCAAGUUUGCAGUAAAGGGUUCUUCACAAAACGAGACCUAGAAGCCCACUUUCGGAUCCAUACUGGAGAGAAACCAUUCCAUUGCAACCUUUGUGAAAAGCAAUUCAAAAGGCGAGUAGAACUGAAUGUGCACCUGCGGUGGCAUAAUGGGGAGAAGAGGCACUGGUGUCCAUACUGUGGGAAGGGUUUCCUAGAUUAUAACAAUUUGAAAAGGCACAAGUAUAUUCACACAGGGGAGAAACCACAUUCUUGUUCCCACUGCUCCAAGAAGUUUACACAAUCAGGUCACCUAAAGAAGCAUUUGAAAAAUGUACAUAAAGUUAAGUGAGGAAUGGGUACAUAAAAUGGCAUCUUCAUGAGAAACCACAUUCCUGUCCCAAUAUUUUUACACAGUCUGGUAACCUAAAUAAGCAUUUGAAAAAUGUAUAUUUGGUCAGAUUAAAAACGGGCACUGGAAAUGGCUUGUAUAUGCUGUGUAUAAUGAAUUAUUUUUUCAAUAGUCAAAAAUAAUAAUUUAAGUUCCUUAACUUGCUUAGGAAUUGAAAGAUGUGCAUGAGAAGGGAUAGGUUGGUCUCGGCUUUCAGAGAGAAAAUGGUAAAUCAAAGGUGAAUGUUAAAUAUUAGCAAUUUGUCUUUUUAAAUGUUUUCGUAUGGCAGAUUAAUUUCACAUAACUUAACAUUUAAUUGCAUUUAUCUGUGUAGGACUAGAAAAAAUUAAAAAGGAAUAAAUAAAAAUAAAUGAAAAUGGAAAUUAAUUUACAAUUUCAUUUAGCAGACACUUUAAUCCAAUGCACCGUACAUCUGAGUUAAUACAACACAAGCAAGGAUCUAGUCAACAAGUGACAAUACAAGUGUCAAAAAACUAGAUUCAAGUCCGAUAAGACAUAGGUGUCAGACAGUGCAUAAAGGCAUAGAAGCGAAUGCUUUUUUUUUUUAAUACCAUCAGGUGUGGAGGUGAUCGAGAAAGAGCUGGGUCUUUAGCUUCUUCUUAAAGAUGGAGAAGGACUCAUCGGAGCGAAUGGAGUUUGGUAACUCGUUCCACCACCAGGGAACUACAGAAGAGUCUAGCUAGUGACUUAGGGCCCCGAUGUGGUGGAAGUACCAGGCACCUUUCAUUGGCAGAGCGUAGUGAGCGGGACUGACUGUAGACCUGAAUGAGGGAGUUCAAGUAGGCAGGAGCUGUUUUAGUUGCUGUUUUGUAAGUGAGCAUUAAUUAAUUUCGAAGAAAAUAAUAUCAGUCAUCAAUGUUAAUUUGCCAUUAUGGAUCAUUAACAGCCAGUAUUUCAAUUUUUAUUUUUUAACAUUCCACCUGUGAAUCACACGUAAGGUUAGUUCUUUACAGGGUUAAACCUGAUAUGUGAAGUUAUUGGGUUUUCACAUAAAUACCUCUUUACUAUUAAAAAUAGUGUAAUGAAUUAUUACACUGGGCCUAAAAUUUGCCAAUUGCACCACCAACAAAGCACUCAGAUAUUUAUUAUUCAGUUUAUUAAAAAAAAGAUAAUGUGUUCAAAUUGGCAAGAUAAGUUUAGCAAUGAAUUUCUGAUUCAAUUCUUGCUGUUGUUAGUUUGAAACUUAUGUAUGGAAAAGUUGUAUUGUACAUAUUCUUACUAGUUGCACAGUAAAAAUGCCAAUUGUAGAAAACUUAUUAGUAUACUCUGUUUUCUCCACAGCUGCAUUUUUCUCCUUGGUACUAAAGUCAUUCACUGUGGCUUUAAUGUACUGCAUGUGCAAGCAAAUAAGCCUUGUGAACUAUGAAAUUGUUAUUCAUAUUUUGAGGUUAACCUCAGUGCAGUACAGUUUACAUUGUAUUAAGCUUUUUACAGAUGGUUUUAAUUUUCUAGCCUUGUGAUUUUUGACAGGUCUGAUUAAAUGUGUGCCGAUAAUGUUCACCAAA